AGAAGCUUCUCUCCCACUCAAUCAGCACUCCAGGCACACAGCAACUUUGCAGUUCAUAGGAAGCAAUUUUAGAUAAAACAUGCGACAGCAACAGCAACUUCUCCAUCCUGGCCCUUUGAUUAAGCUACAAGUGUGAAGAAAUCCAUAAAAGAGAUACAGCCUUCCUUGAGGUUUUUGUUGUUUUAACAAAAUAUUUGUCUUUCAUCCUGCUCUGCUCUUCAUACCUUGAUCUGCAGAAACAUUAAGACUGUGAUCUUUCUUUUGAGGCUGUCAUGAAUUACCACUGGUCGCAAUGGGGUUUCCAUGGAAAAAGAGUGAUUAAAAUGCACUGAGAGGAAAUAAAGAGUCUUUUACCUAUCUGAGGUUUGAACAGGACACUCCCUAGGAUGGAAUUUUCUGCUCCACGCAAAUUCAGAUGAGGAAUAAAACGCUUUACCCCCCUGCUUUAAUUACUUAAUGCCAAACAAGAUUAAAAGGUAACUACAGAAUAACCCACAAGAACAAUUUAUUCAGCAAGUACUGUCAAAAGUUCACCUUCCUGAACAAAACCUUCCCUGAGCACUUCGUAAGGGAACUGUGCUGAAAGAAAGAAACUCAUCUUUGUGAAGGGUGAAGGGCAAAGUCAUCAGAUCGUGUACAAAAAGAUGGCCGACCCAAAGAAGGAAGAUGCCAACCUUUCAGCUGCAGAGAGCACCAACCUCCAUCUCAGCUGUGCGCCAACUGAGAAGGUCCAGAAAUGGGAUGAAAGUUCAUGGCAUGAUACGAGUUUUAAAAUGAACCUGCUGUGAUAAGUAACUCAUUUAAAGAUAAAGUAGAUUUUAAAAUGGUUGACUUUUCAUCCUAGGAACGACCUAAUUGAGAGGUAAGGACCAGAACAAGCAAUCAAGGAUACUGCUAAGCUGUGCUUUAGAACUAUGCAACAGAAGGGAGUGAAACCUAAAUGCCAUAUAGAUGUGAGAGUGAAUCCUUGUGACAAUUUUUCUCCAACUAGGAAAAACAACUCACAUAAAGGAUCAGUGUUUCAACUGAUAUAUAUACAUCAAUGCUCCUUUAUCUGUAUGGGCUUUGGAGAAAAAUUUACAGCACACUUUUAGUUGAUUAUCAGAUGUUGAUUAUUUGGUCAAAUCAUAAUCUACCUGCUGAGGAAAUCCUAUUCAGGGUUUGAUCUCUCCAUGAGGUAGCAAACCAUGAAAGACCUGGGUCUUUCCUCCAUCACAGCACACUGUGUUACUCUUUGCAAUGUGAACUAAGAGGAGGAGUUCCCAUUAUGUUUAUUUCUCCGUGCCCCUUUGAAGCUCUACAAAGAGUAAUGCUUACUAGGAAGAAACAUCCCACAUCUUUCAGAGUUAUUACAGGUCACUGAAGCAACACAUAGCCAAAUUCAUACUGAAGAACUCCUCAGCAACAGGCUGCUACUGACACUGCGGACAUUAUCACAAGCUCAGAGGUGGAAAUACUACUUAUAGAUUCUAAUCUUCCACUCUCCUCAUGGUCUGUACAUCAUAGCAAUAGCAUGCCUUCACUCUAACCGAGAUGAGACUGCACACACACGAGCCCCUGCUGAGCUAUGGGCUGACAAGUUCAGGUGACAGUGCCCUGGGCUCUGUGCCUGUGAGGGUUAAAUGCUACCUGGUUUAAAACUACCACAGGAACAUUUACCCAAGAUUAUGCCUCGAGCUACAGUAUAACCAGCAGCUUGGCAAAGAUGUUCUAAUUGGCAUUAUUACUCCAAUAAUACCAUGUAAUUGGAAUAAUUCUGAUAGGUGGUUAUCAGUGUAAUGACUCACAUUCAGUAUAACGAGACUCAGUACACUAUUAUUUUAGAGGGUUUUUUUGUUCAUUUGUUUGUUUUGCAAACUGUUAUUGAAAACCUCAAUAAAACUCAUGAAAUCACACUGAAAAUCCAACCAGAUUCUUGAACCACUGAAAAACCAGAGGCAGAGAAACCAAAAUUACACCUGACUGUGUCUUUACCAACCCAGUCACAGCCUUAAGCACGAUGCUUCUGCAGUAUUUUGUUAUCAAGUUGCACACUCACUCAAGUUAUACUCACUACCUGCAAUCCUGCCUUCCAGUUAGCUAUCCAUGUCCACCGAUAAUGACUAUUUUCACGUCAUUUUUAUUGAGCAAUUUAGAAAUAUCUUGAUCAUUUAUAGAAAGUAAAUACAAUUCUGCUACCCAUUAACCUUGUUUGCAAAUAGACACUACAGCACUUGGAUGAAAACAAUGUACCUUGGGCCCCUCGUACCCAGCCGUAGAGUCCGCUCAGUGUAUGGACCUUUGACGUCAAGCAUCAGUAACCAAGAGCAGCUACACCCACGAGCGUCUGAUGUUGAAUCCUAUCUAACUAACAACAGGUUACAACAAAUUAAGCCCACAGAAGGUAGCAGAUAGACAUGACUGUAUAAUAAUUGGGAUCACAUGUUAACACUCCAGCCCUUCCACAGAUGGAGGGCUGCACACAGGAUUAGAAACAGAUGCCUAUGUAGAUAAGCAAUCUGAUUUUUGAUUAAAAUUUAUAAAUAGAAUCAGAACCUCUUUUAAUUUUACUGGCUCAUAUCAUUUAUAAACAAACAAUGCAUUUUUAUGGCUUGUUCUGGUACAUAUCCAGCACAAUUCACUGUUAGGUCUUGGUUCAUUUCCUGGCUUAUACCACAGCCAGAAGCAGCAGUUGUAAAGCUCUUUGGAAAAGCAGUAUUUUGUAAUGGUUCUGACAUAGAACCAGCAAGUACUAGACAUGCUCUAGAAAAGUAUACUCACAUUGCACAGUCACAGCAGUUUGGCUUCAGUCUCAGAAUUCAGGAACCACUCUUGGAAUAAAAAGCAACAGUCUGAAGUGAAGGAAAUUUCACGGCAAGGUUUUAAGUGAAUCUUCCCAGCAGUAAAUGAGGCCCUGGAAUGCAUCACCUGGGGUCACCACAGAUGAUCACGAUACAGGUUAGGCAAAUACAUCACAAAUAGAAACAAACAUAAUAGGAACACAAGAUUCAUCUGGCUGAUCCGAGGGGCCCCUCCAGGUCUCCUUUCUACAAUCACAGCAGCAUGACAACUCACAGUAUUUUCAGUUCUAACCUGAACUCUUAGUACAGCAUCAAUCCUAUCCCAAAAUCCUGCUGCUUUCAGAACACUCUCCUAAAAGCAGCAGCAGUACGACAGACACCAGCAUCCUCAAACGUUUUAUCUGCAAGUUUCUACUUCUCUAAUUUAACAGGGACUCCUCAACUAGUUUUCAUGAAUCUGUCCCCACACAAAUACAUGCUGAGUCCUGAUCACUUCCUACUGCUUCUGCUGUUCCUAAUUCUGGAUAGUUCCUAAAACUGGAAAGUUCAGUAUGAGAGACCAGGACUGGGGGGCAGAGGGAGCCAGGUAGGAGCUGACAGGUGCAAAAAGCAGUUUACCAAAUACCACGUCCUGAGGAGAAGCUCAUUUCCUGAUCCAUAAAUAUCCACUCUAAAUAUUUAAUAGGCAACUGCUGAAUGCUUAUAUAUUAAAAAAUAAAGUGAUGGUGGACUUCUAUUGUGAAAAUAGUAACAGUAAUAAGAAGUGUAGUAAUAAUAAAUCCCCUUUUCAGUAUAUGCGUGUGUGCAUAAAGUGUGCUUUGCUUUUCAUGAAGAUUGUUACAACUCUGGUGUAGAAUUUAAAAUAGCACCUUAUAGUGGAAAAUAUGAUGAAUUUAAUUGCAACAGAGCAAAUAAUGCACUUAAUAGUACCUUGAUAUCUCCUCUCAGUUAAAAAAGCAAGAAACCAUCUGUGAAUGUUUAUGUAUGAAAUCCAGCAUAGGGAAAACAUUUGCAGUACAGAACAAACAUGAUGAUUGAAAAUGAAAUUGCAAGAUAAGGUGUUUGGGCGGAGGGAAGCAACGCAGUGAGGAAAAGCCAUCCCCAUGACUACUGGUCCUUUCUCCUCCCUGCUCACUGCUGUUUGCCUCUCCUUGGAUUCCAGAGCUUGCUUUUCUCCUCAGCAGCCUUUCUGCAGCCUGGCGGAUUUGAUCACAGUUGGAAAUUGUGGAACUGUGGUUUGUUUCAGAACGAGAAGAAAGGAGAGUUUAAGUACAGCUUUAGCAGCAGAUGGCUCUGCUUUGGAAUCUUUUAUACACCAAGGAGAUGUGUUUGCUGGCUUUGUAAUCAACUCAAAGAGGGAAAAGAAAUUUUGUUAACGACAGUGUGGAUAUGACUUGAAUUUUUCAUCAGGUAAGAAGUCAGAGAAUCUAUAAACCUGAGUGAAAAGCUCCUUAGAUAAAUCUCCUAAAGGAUAAAUGUAUUCUGUACAUCCUAUAUUUAAAGCUGAAUGGAAAGUUCCAUUUGGAUUGCAAUACUUUGGAAUUUAAUGGACAGAUGCUGUUUGCAACCAAGAUAUUAACUGGUCACUUUGAGGGGUUGGAACUAUGUAUUUUAGGUAAGAAAAUACUUUAAAAGUCUUUCAAAAACUUCUCUUAGUUUAGACGAUGCUUUAACUUUUUCCUUAUGCAUGUUUCAGCAAUAUUUCUGCAUCUAGAGGAAUGACAGAAUCAAGCUAAGUGGAUUAUCAUUCCUUACAGUGCACUCUCACUGUCUGUGCUGGGGAAUCUUAUCUGAAAUGCAGGGAUUAGGGACUGAAGCAGGUGACAGAAAAGAUUCCCUAGCUGCAGUUCAAGGAUGCUUCUUCUACUAAUAUUUACCAGUUUAAAAUAUACCGGUAUGUAUUACAAUGCAGUUCAACAAGCUGCACUGAGUUCAGGUGUAACUCAUUUUUCUAACACUAUGAAUACUCCAAAUGUUUAAACAAGACAGGUAUAAUUGUUUCAUUGUCAAGGAAAUGCUUAAAUUGCCCUUCAGAAUGACAUGCCCUAAAGUGAGCACUGUUUAACUCACAAUAUGAAGCAAACAGUGAAAAGAAAUUAAUCUUUUUUUUUUUUUCUGAGGAAGAAUGACAGUGUGGAUGGUGGGUGUGCCUAAAGCAAAUGUACCGAGUGAGCUGCCCAGAAGGCCAGCAUGGGGAUUUGUCCUUAAUGGUAGGCAUUGCCAAGGGGGCUCCCACAUCCGCAAUGAAUUACUGGGAGAGAACACACAACACUCACAACCAAACUAUCUUUUGUAGCCGUGGGUAAGUAAGUGAGAGGAGCAAAUGGCACAUACAGUAUUACAAGCCUGGCUCAGCCUCACAGCCUCCUAGUCCCUGCAGCUUCUCCUGCUGACAUAAAUAGCAGGAAGGAGCAGAGCUUGUAUUUCAGGAUAUCUCCUUUCAAAGCCAGAGCCCCUGCUAACACCUCAUCUUCCCUUAAACAGCAGCUCUCAGGCUAGCCAGGUGAGCACAGUAGGCCUUGCAAAGAGGAACAUCAGCACUGGGACAAAGCAGCCAGGCUUUGGACCCUUACACAUCUGGAAGUGGCAGCAAAGCUCAGCAGGGCAACAGGCUACUUGUCCUUCCAGCACAUGCAUUCUUCUCUAUGAUAAAUCCAGCCAGGUAAUUAGUGCUGUUCUAGGGACAAGCAGUUUGCAAUGCAUUCCAGGAAAUGUUACUACUGUUACCAAGGCACAUCACCUGUUUGUGUUAGCUUCAGAAUCCCUUCGCUUUUGCCUGAACUCAGUAAGAGGAAUUUUUCCAAGUUAGUGCACACCUAUUAGGGUACGUAGCUCUUUUCCUGACCAGUAGGCACCUGAGACUACAGAGUCCAACUGAGCCACUGGACUUCAAUGGCUCUUAAUGCUUUGUUGUUGGAGUUCUUAUGCCAUUCCCUUACUACAGCAGAAGCAGGGCCAACUGGCCCCCUGUUUAAGAUGACUCUGGGUUUAAUGUUAAACCCCUGCUAUAAAUUAAGGCAUAUUUGGAUCACUUGGACAUCAAACUACAUAUGGGCAGAUAGAUCUACAGCCACUUCUCAUUCUCUCAUGACUACAGUAAAAUAUACUAUUAAGGUACAUUUUAAUCAGAAGGACAAUGAUAACAGAUCCUACAAAGGCUUGUUUGUUUUUUAAACAAAUAAUUUCAAUUUCUUAAUGUGAAGAACACAAACUAAUGUCAAGCAGAAGUACAAAAACGAAGCAGUUCUGGAUAUAACUUUAAGUGCAAUGUUCUUUGGGUAGCUGUAGGAAAUGAAACAGUUAAAAAUCAUAUUUUCCAGUUUACUCUUGGACUUGUGCUUAAUCUUGCACAAGGCACCGAACAGUUUUCAUUCCCCGGUGAUUAAAUAGCAGCAAUCGUUUCUGUAAAAAGGUUAAUGAAACUUCUACAUAUAAAAAUUGCCUCUAUAAUAAUAAGACGCCCACCCAUCCCUUGCUCUCUUUGUGCAUCCUCUAACAUUCCAGUGCUUCUCCAUCCCAUUCUUUCCUCAGGGCUCACACAACUAUGGGAUUUACUACCAGGGAUAAUGACUGACUUUCUUCAAUCAAGUUUUCCAAUAAUUCCUAUUUCAAGAAAGAAUUAAGGUUGGAAACAAAGUCCUUUUCUGGCAAGAAAGCUGAACUCAUCAGUGCAGUAAUUACAUCAGACUUGCUUUAAACUUCACGGACACCAAAUACAAAGAUUUAAUCACAGUAAUUGUCUCCUUGCCAAGCUCCAAGAAAAACAUCUUCUAAGUAGUAAAGGGAUGGACACACACACAGCAAAACCUUCCUAGCCAGGUGUUAUCCAUUGUCUGGGAAAUGCUUCACGAUGGAUAAAGCCAUUCAGCAUCCUGCAGAGAUCUUACCUAAUCAAACUGUCCCAAACAGCAGCUAUCCUCAGUUUCUGAACUUUGAUACAUGUCAGCCUUCCUUCCCUGCAGUAUUCUUGCUUAUUACAGCCUACAUAGUAGUUACAACAGUGGGGCUUUUUGGAAACCUUUGCCUGAUUGUUAUAAUAAAGAGACAGAAAGAAGCUCAAAAUGUUACAAACAUUUUGAUUGCCAACCUCUCCUUAUCGGAUGUGUUGAUCUGUAUCGUGUGUAUUCCUGUCACAGCUGCAUACACUUUAAUGGAUUACUGGAUCUUUGGGGAAGCUAUGUGUAAAAUAAGCUCUUUCAUACAAAGUAUUUCUGUCACAGUCUCCAUUUUCUCUCUUGUACUGAUUGCUAUUGAGAGAUACCAGUUAAUUGUAAAUCCUCGUGGCUGGAAGCCUAAUACCUCACACGCUUACUGGGGAAUUAUUUUCAUUUGGGUUCUUUCCCUCACGAUAUCCAUUCCUUUUUUGAUAUUUCACCAAUUAACUGACGAGCCCUUCAAGCACCUGUCCUUCCACAGUGAUUUCUAUAAGAACAAAGCCGCCUGCAUCGAGGCCUGGCCUUCCGUUACCGAACGACUGAUUUUCACCACGAGUCUGCUGCUCUUCCAGUACUGCUUCCCGCUGGGGUUUAUCCUUAUCUGCUAUCUCAAGAUAUUCGUAUGCCUCCGGCGGAGACAUAGCAAAAUAGAUAGGAUGAGAGAGAACGAGAACAGGUUGAGUGAAAACAAAAGGAUUAAUCUGAUGUUGAUAUCAAUUGUUGUGACCUUUGCAGCUUGCUGGUUACCUCUCAAUAUAUUCAAUGUUGUAUUUGACUGGAACCACGAGGCACUGAUGAGCUGUAAUCAUAACCUAGCAUUUACACUGUGCCACCUCGUGGCCAUGAUCUCAACAUGUAUCAACCCCAUCUUUUAUGGGUUUCUCAACAAGAAUUUUCAGAAGGAUUUGACAGGGCUGGUUCGUCACUGCAGAUGUUCAGCAUCACAAGAGGAGUAUGAAAACAUCGCCCUUUCAAAUCUGCAAACUGAUGUAUCUAAGGGAUCUCUGAAAUUAAACCACCACCCUCCUGUGAAUGCCUAAAGUAACCCAGCAGCAUCUUGCCAAGUUUUGUGUCUUGCUGCAGAUGACCUUUUUCUGUAGCUCUUCAUCCUGGUACCUCAUCCAACUGAAGUUAGAGCUGGUCUUUGCUAUUUAAUUCAGCACAAACAGAAUCGUGUUCCUAAAGGCGUACUGCUAACAAGUACUGUAUGAUGGUAUUAAUGCUAAUAAACCAUUUCCAAGAGUCUUAAAGAACAAUAACAGUGAAUAUCAACAGUAUUGAUGUCUUAAUUUUUUAAUCCACAAUUUCCAGGUCACUGUAUAAGUAUUUCCAUUGACACAUCUGUCCUUCCUACACACCUUGCUUUGCCCAAGUAAACCGUUCUUCUUACAAACUGAUUUCUGUCCUUUUAAUUUUCCAGCCCUGCACCAUCCCCAUCUCCACUACAUGGUUACUUUGCACAAUUUAUAAGUAGUUUGUACUGUGAGGAAGGCCCCUCAAGUUACCCUCAGCCUUCACUAGCACCUUCCUUUCAGCCGCAGCUUGGAGUUUGCUUUGCUUUCAUACCGGUUCGUUUCCCCUUUAUUUUAAAUGAACACUAAAACAAACCCUAUUUGCUGUACUGCAAAUCUGCAUCAGACCUCUACUGAUCAAGACCAAAUAUGUAUUUAGUGUUUCUCCUAAAAGCAUCGCAUUCUCCUUAAAACCACCAGUACAGACCAUUGCUUUCUCCAUUACCAUCAUUGCUGGCCUCUGAAACUGACCUUUUAGAAUCUCCAUUAUGAAACAGACACACUAUGAAUUCAGAGUAAAUUGUUUGCUACCUAUCCAGAUUAUGGGUUUCUCUUUUAAUAGAAAAAUAGUUUUCUGUUUUAAUUUCGGAAAUAUCUUUCCCAUAUCCCUGCAAUAACAAGAGGUCACACCUGAGGCAUUUGCAGCUGUUUCUGUUUGCCUAUGUUUGAAAAGAGCUUAUAGAAUCAUAGAAUCCUUAGAGGCGGAAGGGUUGGGUUGGAAGCUCAUUCUGUUCUGCCUAAAGAUGUCGUAUUUAACUCAGCUUCUCUCAAAUUAAAAC